AUGUUUCGAGCGGCGGCCGCAGGGCCUUACGAUGAGGCCAUCAACAAGGCAACCGACGAAAACCUCACGUCCGAGGACUGGGGCGCCAUCAUGGAGGUCUGCGAUCGAGUAGCCACCGAUGCCAACGGUGCCAAGGAGGCUGUCAACAGCAUGAUCAAGCGCCUGGCCCAUAGGAACGCCAAUGUCCAGCUGUAUACCCUCGAGGUUUCCAACGCCCUCUCCCAAAACUGCGGCAAGAACAUGCACCGCGAGCUCUCCAGCCGUGCCUUCACCGACGCCCUCCUCAAGCUCGCCAACGACCGCAACACCCACACCCAAGUCAAGGCCAAGAUCCUCGAGCGCAUGAAGGAGUGGUCCGACAUGUUCAAGUCCGACCCCGACCUCGGCAUCAUGUACGACGCCUACUACCGCGUGAAGCAGUCGAACCCGACCCUGCAGCCCCCGAGCGCCCCGCAAAAGAACGUGCUCACCGACGCCGACCGCCAGAAGGAGGAGGACGAGCUCCAGAUGGCUCUCCAGCUCAGCUUGCAGGAGGAGGAACGGAAGAAGAGACCCGCUGGUGCUUCGGGAGCAACUGCGUCUUCGUCCGGUGGUGCGGCGGCAGGGCCGAGUAACGCCGGAGCAGGAGGAGCAUCGGAGGGACGCACGAACUCAACCGCUGGCCAGGCGGAGGCAACACCGCAAUCGGUUCCCUCUGGUACCACGGCCGCUACCGUGUCCCGCGUCAGGGCGCUCUACGACUUUGUGCCUUCGGAGCCGGGCGAGCUGGAGUUCAAGAAGGGCGAUGUCAUUGCCGUGCUGGAGAGCGUGUACAAGGAUUGGUGGCGCGGAUCUCUCAAGGGCAAGACGGGCAUCUUCCCGCUGAACUAUGUCGAGAAGUUGACGGAUCCGACGCCGGAGGAGUUGCAGCGUGAGGCGCAGAUGGAGGCGGAGGUGUUUGCGGAGAUCAAGAAUGUGGAGAAGCUGUUGACGCUCUUGAGUGCUGGAAACACGGGGCCGAGAGAGGAGGAUAAUGAGGAGAUUUCGAAACUAUAUCACCAGACGUUGGCGAUUCGGCCUAAGCUUAUUAAGCUGAUUGAGAAGUAUUCGCAGAAGAAGGAUGAUUUCACACAGUUGAACGAAAAGUUCAUCAAGGCUAGGAGAGAUUAUGAAGCGCUCCUCGAAUCUUCCAUGUCGCACCCACCAGGGCCGACUUAUCACCAAUACGCAAUGAGACCUCCAAUGACCAACAGCUACGGAUCUGGGGGAUACGGCGCGCCUCCUCCGCAACAGCAACAGGAGCCUCCUCGGUUCUAUACUCCAGCGCCCGUUCAAGAUGCACCCCAGUAUCCUGUAACCUCGCCGUCGCCUAACCCUAACCAUUUCAUCCGCCCUGCUGGCACUCCUGCGCCCUAUUACAUGGGUGGUGCUGAAGGCCCGGGACAACAUCAACAGCAACCUCCCUAUCCUCAACAGCAACCGCAACCAGCAUAUGGUGGUCCCUCCCGACCUCAAGACCAGCGUAUCCCAUCAGGGUCCAACCCCAUGGCCCCCGCUCCGCUGAACACGACUUCCUCGCCACCACCAGGCAACCAGUAUGCCCCGUACCAACCCCCAGGCGCAUCCGGAGCCAACAAUCGCACAAGCUCAUACAGCAGCGCAAACGGUGGUGCCCCCCAAGAGCUCUCUACCUCGGCUUAUGACUCGCCCAUUGCCCAACACAGCACCAACCCCCUCUCCAACCCAUCCUAUAACGCUCCCUCCGCUCCUUCCUACAACCAAGGAGCUCCGGGAGCUCCCACCGACGACCCCUACGCACCAGCCAGCCCCACAGCCCCCGCCCCCGGAGCAGGAAGCAGCAGCAACGUAGGAUCUGCUCCCCUUCCUCCCUCCGGUCCCGCUCCUUCAGCUCCCUCAGCUCCUUCAGCACCCAGUGCUCCCGACGGUUACGCACAGGGCGGAUACCACACCCAGAAUCCUUACCACCAAGCUGCUGCUGCUGCCGCUGCGGCUGCUGCUUCUUCACGGACGCAUACGGGAUAUGAUGGUGCUGGUAGCGAGGUGUCAUCGACGGCACCGCCGCCUGCGGCUUUGCAACCCGGUGGUGGGGCACAGCAUCAGUAUAAGGCUUAUGUACCGCCUGGGGCGCCGUCAGCGCCGGGUGGUCAAGGUCAGGGAGGAGCAGAGGGACCGAGUGCCCCGGGGCUGCAGGGACAGGGACAGGGGCAGGGGCAGAACGAUGGGUUGGCGGAUUAUUAUCGGAGUGCUUAUUAG